AUGAGACUGAAUACAUCGCAAGAGGGAGAAGCAAAGGAUAAUAACAGCAAAGAAGGAACUAAUCAACAAAAGGAACAGGACAAACAACAACAAAAUAACGACCAACAACAGAAGGAAAAGACAAAUCCUAAGAGUGCAUCAGGUAGUGCUAAGAGUGCCUCAGGUAGUGCUAAGAGUGCAUCAGGUAGUCCUAAGAGUGCAUCAGGUAGUCCUAAGAGUGCAUCAGGUAGUCCUAAGAGUGCAUCAGGUAGUCCUAAGAGUGCAUCAGGUAGUCCUAAGAGUGCAUCAGGUAGUCCUAAGAGUGCAUCAGGUAGUCCUAAGAGUGCAUCAGGUAGUCCUAAGAGUGCAUCAGGUAGUCCUAAGAGUGCCUCAGGUAGUCCUAAGAGUGCAUCAGGUAGUCCUAAGAGUGCAUCAGGUAGUCCUAAGAGUGCAUCAGGUAGUCCUAAGAGUGCCUCAGGUAGUCCUAAGAGUGCAUCAGGUAGUCCUAAGAGUGCAUCAGGUAGUCCUAAGAGUGCAUCAGGUAGUCCUAAGAGUGCAUCAGGUAGUCCUAAGAGUGCAUCAGGUAGUCCUAAGAGUGCAUCAGGUAGUCCUAAGAGUGCAUCAGGUAGUCCUAAGAGUGCAUCAGGUAGUCCUAAGAGUGCAUCAGGUAGUCCUAAGAGUGCCUCAGGUAGUCCUAAGAGUGCAUCAGGAAGUCCUAAGAGUGCAUCAGGUAGUCCUAAGAGUGCAUCAGGUAGUCCUAAGAGUGCAUCAGGUAGUCCUAAGAGUGCAUCAGGUAGUCCUAAGAGUGCCUCAGGUAGUCCUAAGAGUGUAUCAGGUAGUCCUAAGAGUGCAUCAGGUAGUCCUAAGAGUGCAUCAGGUAGUCUUAAGAGUGCCUCAGGUAGUCCUAAGAGUGCAUCAGGUAGUCCUAAGAGUGCAUCAGGUAGUCCUAAGAGUGCACCAGGCCCGGCCAAGAGUGCACAAGAUAUGAUCACCUCUAGCGAUAUGCCUGUGUAA